UGUUCCUUUCCGCCACAGGGUCUUGGAGAAGCAGAACUUUUGGGUUUGGGGUAGAGCUGAGAAGCGGGAGUGGAUGGGGGGGAGGUGUGAGGGGACCAGGAAUCCCACCUCCAAGCCCGACAGCCUUUGCCCUAGAAGAUGAGGCUCUAAGGUGGCCCAGCUCUUCUACAGACAGGAGACAGAGGAGGGAGGAGGGGAAAGUCCAUCCUGGUAGGCUCCCCCCCCACCACCACCUUCUCUCAUCACUGCCUGUAACAUGCCAAUUCUGUCUCUGGGCCAAAGGGUUCCUCUUCUUGGCCACCCCUGAGACGUCUGACCUUCUUAAUCUGAGGGGCAAGGAUGCACCAAGAUGAGAGGGUCAUGGAUUUCUGAAAACCAGAAGGCAAACCCCUUUCUUCCUCUUCUGCCCCCAAAUUUCCUCAUCUCCCCAACACUUUCCGGUGGGUGUGGAUGUGUGGACACUCUAGCAGGCCAGGGACCAAGCACCCUGAAAUCUACAUAACCAGCACUUCAAGAUGCAGGCAGCAGCCUUCAGAGACAAGAAAGGGGGAAACACCGGCGAUCACAAAGAUACCCAUGACCCUGACUAUGAGAAUAUUACCUUGACCUUCAGAAACCGGGACCAGCCAAGGGGCAGUCAUCUAGCGCCCGUGAAUCAAGUCUCAGCCCAGCCCAGGCCAUCCUCGGACGCUGCUCAGGUCCCUGCUUGGUUGCACAGAGCCAUCAUGAGCCUGUUUGUCCUUCUCGCCCUGACCUUUCUGUUCUUCAUCACCCUCUCCAUCUUGAUGCUGUUGAAAAAUUCGGAGAUGUCUAGGGAGCUGCUGAGCUUGAAAAGGGAGCUUUGGAAUGCCACGAACGCGGCUCAGGAGGGCCAGGAGGAGCAGAGGACGCAUUGGAGAGCCAUCCUGCAGAACUCUGGGGAGGCCAUGAAGGGCAUCAGUGAGAUCAAGAUCAAGGUCCAAAGUGGAAAUGAAAAACUUAAGACAGUGGCAGCAGAAAUAACCCAAAUCAAUAAAAACACACAGAAGAUCCUGGAGGAGCUGGGGAAGAAGAUGAGCACACAGUCUACACCUCAAUGAAUAAGACACUGCAGCCACAACUUGGAGGACAGGAUUGCAGCUGCCAUCAAGAUGAAAAAUGCACUGUCAGCCUCCCCCUUGUCCCACGUAUAGAAAAUUGAAUGUCAUCAUGACUGUG